UAUUCGCGACAAUGAUUAUUUUCAACAAAUCAUAAAGAUAUUGGAACUUUAUAUUUUAUUUUUGGAGCUUGAGCAGGAAUAGUUGGAACAUCUCUAAGAAUUUUAAUUCGAGCUGAAUUAGGACAUCCCGGAGCUUUGAUUGGAGAUGAUCAAAUUUAUAAUGUUAUUGUAACAGCCCAUGCUUUUAUUAUAAUUUUUUUUAUAGUUAUACCAAUUAUAAUUGGAGGAUUUGGAAAUUGAUUAGUUCCCUUAAUAUUAGGAGCCCCUGAUAUAGCAUUUCCUCGAAUAAAUAAUAUAAGAUUUUGAUUACUUCCUCCUGCUCUUUCACUUUUAUUGGUAAGAAGAAUAGUUGAAAAUGGAGCUGGUACUGGGUGAACAGUAUAUCCACCUUUAUCUUCAGGAAUUGCUCAUGGAGGAGCUUCUGUAGAUUUAGCAAUUUUUUCAUUACAUUUAGCUGGAAUUUCAUCAAUUUUAGGAGCUGUAAAUUUUAUUACAACAGUUAUUAAUAUACGAUCAACAGGAAUUACUUUAGAUCGAAUACCUUUAUUUGUAUGAUCAGUUGUAAUUACUGCUUUAUUACUUUUAUUAUCACUACCAGUAUUAGCAGGAGCAAUUACAAUAUUAUUAACUGAUCGUAAUUUAAAUACUUCAUUUUUUGAUCCAGCUGGAGGAGGGGACCCUAUUUUAUACCAACAUUUAUUUUGAUUUUUUGGUCAUCCUGAAGUUUAUAUUUUAAUUUUACCAGGAUUUGGAAUAAUUUCUCAUAUUAUUAGUCAAGAAUCAGGAAAAAAGGAAACUUUUGGAUCUUUAGGAAUAAUUUAUGCAAUACUUGCUAUUGGAUUAUUAGGAUUUAUUGUAUGAGCCCAUCAUAUAUUUACAGUAGGAAUAGAUGUAGAUACACGAGCUUAUUUUACAUCAGCAACAAUAAUUAUUGCUGUACCUACUGGAAUUAAAAUUUUUAGAUGAUUAGCAACUCUUCAUGGAACUCAAUUAUCUUAUUCACCAGCUAUUUUAUGAGCUUUAGGAUUUGUUUUUUUAUUUACUGUUGGAGGAUUGACAGGAGUAGUUUUAGCUAAUUCAUCUGUUGAUAUUAUUCUUCAUGAUACUUACUAUGUUGUAGCUCAUUUUCAUUAUGUUUUAUCUAUAGGAGCAGUAUUUGCUAUUAUAGCUGGAUUUAUCCACUGAUAUCCAUUAUUUACUGGAUUAACAUUAAACUCUAAAUGAUUAAAAAGUCAAUUUAUUAUUAUAUUUAUUGGAGUAAAUUUAACAUUUUUUCCUCAACAUUUUUUAGGAUUAGCUGGUAUACCUCGACGUUAUUCAGAUUAUCCAGAUGCUUACACAACUUGAAAUGUUGUGUCAACUAUUGGAUCUACAAUUUCUUUAUUAGGUAUUUUAUUUUUUUUCUAUAUUAUUUGAGAAAGUUUAGUAUCACAACGACAAGUAAUUUAUCCAAUUCAAUUAAAUUCUUCAAUUGAAUGAUAUCAAAACACUCCACCAGCUGAACAUAGUUAUUCUGAAUUACCACUUUUAACUAAUUAAUUUCUAAUAUGGCAGAUUAGUGCAAUGGAUUUAAGCUCCAUAUAUAAAGUAUUUUACUUUUAUUAGAAAAUUAAUGUCUACAUGAGCUAAUUUAGGUUUACAAGAUAGAGCUUCUCCUUUAAUAGAACAAUUAAUUUUUUUUUCACGAUCAUGCAUUAUUAAUUUUAGUAAUAAUUACAGUUUUAGUAGGAUACUUAAUAUUUAUACUAUUUUUUAAUAACUAUGUAAAUCGAUUUCUUUUACAUGGACAACUUAUUGAAAUAAUUUGAACAAUUUUACCAGCUAUUAUUUUAUUAUUUAUUGCUUUACCUUCUUUACGAUUAUUAUAUUUAUUAGAUGAAAUUAAUGAACCGUCAGUAACUUUAAAAAGAAUUGGUCAUCAAUGAUAUUGAAGUUAUGAAUAUUCAGAUUUUAAUAAUAUUGAAUUUGACUCUUAUAUAAUCCCUACAAAUGAAUUAUCAACAGAUGGAUUUCGACUUUUAGAUGUUGAUAAUCGAAUUGUAUUGCCUAUAAAUUCUCAAAUUCGAAUUUUAGUAACAGCUGCUGAUGUUAUUCAUUCAUGAACAAUUCCUGCUUUAGGUGUUAAAGUAGAUGGAACUCCUGGUCGUUUAAAUCAAACAAAUUUUUUUAUUAAUCGUCCAGGAUUAUUUUAUGGACAAUGUUCAGAAAUUUGUGGAGCUAAUCAUAGUUUUAUACCAAUUGUAAUUGAAAGAGUUCCUGUAAAUUAUUUUAUUAAAUGAAUUUCUAGAAAUAAUUCUUCAUUAGAUGACUGAAAGCAAGUACUGGUCUCUUAAACCACACUAUAGUAAAUUAGCACUUACUUCUAAUGGAAAAAAAAAUUAGUUAAACUUAUAACAUUAGUAUGUCAAACUAAAAUUAUUAAAAUAUUAAUAUUUUUUAAUUCCACAAAUAGCCCCUAUUAGAUGAUUAUUAUUAUUUAUUAUUUUUUUCUAUUACAUUUAUUUUAUUCUGUUCAAUUAAUUAUUAUUCUUAUAUACCUUCUUCACCUAAAUCUAAUGAAUUAAAAAAUAUUAAUUUAAAUUCAAUAAAUUGAAAAUGAUAACAAAUUUAUUUUCUGUUUUUGACCCCUCAGCAAUUUUCAAUUUAUCAUUAAAUUGAUUAAGAACAUUUUUAGGACUUUUAAUAAUUCCAUCAAUUUAUUGAUUAAUGCCUUCUCGUUAUAAUAUUUUUUGAAAUUCUAUUUUAUUAACUCUUCAUAAAGAAUUUAAAACUUUAUUAGGUCCUUCAGGACAUAAUGGAUCUACUUUUAUUUUUAUUUCAUUAUUUUCAUUAAUUUUAUUUAAUAAUUUUAUAGGAUUAUUUCCAUAUAUUUUUACAAGAACAAGUCAUUUAACUUUAACAUUAUCAUUAGCAUUACCACUAUGAUUAUGUUUUAUAUUAUAUGGAUGAAUCAAUCAUACACAACAUAUAUUCGCUCAUUUAGUACCUCAAGGAACACCUGCUAUUUUAAUACCUUUUAUAGUAUGUAUUGAAACAAUUAGAAAUAUUAUUCGACCAGGAACUUUAGCUGUUCGAUUAACAGCUAAUAUAAUUGCAGGACAUUUAUUAUUGACAUUAUUAGGUAAUACAGGACCAUCAAUAUCAUAUAUAUUAGUAACAUUUUUAUUGGUUGGACAAAUUGCUUUAUUAGUUCUUGAAUCUGCUGUAGCUAUAAUUCAAUCUUAUGUAUUUGCAGUAUUAAGAACAUUAUAUUCUAGAGAAGUAAAUUAA